AUGCCGCGUCUGGACGAGUCGAGUGAUUCUAUUCUCUACCGGAUUAGCCAGGAUGCCAAAGAUCAGGUCCAACACGCGUGGGAUGGCUUCAUUAAUUUCGCCGCUCGAGACAAUGUCCUGGAAGUCGCCUUGGGUUUGAUAAUCGCUAAUGCGUUCACGACGGUCGUGAAAUCCUUUGUAUCUGAUAUGAUCCUGCCCAUUGUUUCGCUGCUGCCCUUUUUGAAUCGCAACAUGGACCAGAAAUUCGCGGUUCUUUCUCAGGGGCCGAGGUUUGUAGAGGGCAAGGGAUACAACACGCUCCAACAAGCGCGCGACGAUGGAGCCUUAGUUUUGGCAUAUGGCCUGUUUCUGGAAAAUGUCCUUAAUUUUUGCGGUAUCAGCUUGACCUUAUAUGCGGUCGCACAGAUGUAUAUGUAUGUCUCCCAUAACAAGAUCAUCAAACCGACUGUGCGGUGCAGAUACUGCAGGCAAUUCAUUAGUGAACAGGCACUCCGUUGUCUUCACUGUGGGAGCUGGACAGACGGAAGGGAGGAUCCGAUUGAGUCAUCCCAACUCAACAUAGGAAAUUCAUGAAUGAUUCCUGGGGAUUGAUUUCAUGGUCAAGUCGAGUUUGGAUGCGUGUUAGAUGCCGCAGAGCCGGCAUAGUGAUGACGGACCACUAAGAGAUAAUAGACAUAGGGAG